AGGGCUCUCUUUCCUGUUUGCACGUCAAAGAAAUGGUGAAUGGAGCGAGAAGGCGGCAGGGUUUCUCUUCGCUUCCUGGGCACUUAACGCGAUCGAUCCAGCUAGAGCAUGCAAUGCGGCUCCAAUCGGCCACAUUUCGAUCCCAGCCGCGGGAUUCCGUGAAAGAUGGGAGCUUCGUCCCAAAUCUCUGCUAGGAGCAAGGCGAGAAUGGAGAAAUCCGGCAUGGGGAGGCCCAAUCGCUGCCUCUUGAUCCUCGGCUUCGUGGUCUUCUGGUGGGUGAUCUUCUUCUUCAACUUCCUCUCCAUCGCCACUCCCAGCGAAGAUGGGGCUUCCAGUUCCAGAUCCAUCCACAUUCCAUUCUUUAGCUCGCGGCGGGAGCCUCUCAAGAGCAGUUACCCCAGUCCUGGCAAGCUCUCGCCAUCGCCAGUGAGAAGGGUCGAAUUCACGCCUCUCAACGAGCAUCUAUGGAAGCCGCUCAAGAUGUUUGGAGCCAGAGACGAUCGAUGCGCUGGGCGAUACGUCUACGUGCAUCGAUUGCCCAGAGAUCUCAACGAAGGAAUGCUGGACGACUGCCAGCAUCUAAGCUUGUGGACCAACAUGUGUAAGUUCACAGGCAAUGCCGGGCUUGGGCCUCCUCUGGAAGACAAGGACAACGCUUUCUCCGACCGUGGGUGGUACGCUACGAACCAGUUUGCCGUGGAGGUGAUCUUUCACAACCGGAUGAAGCAGUACGAUUGCCUUACGAACGACUCCUCCAUCGCUGCUGCCAUCUUUGUGCCUUACUACGCCGGCCUCGACAUCUCGAGAUACUUGUGGGGUGUCAACGUUUCGACGAGGGAUUCUGGAGCUCUCCGGAUGGUAGACUGGCUCGUGAGGCAGCCCGAGUGGAGGAGGAUGGGUGGACGCGACCACUUCAUGGUCGCGGGCAGGAUAACUUGGGACUUUAGACGAAAGACCGAGAAGGAGGACGACUGGGGGAACAAGCUGUUCAUCAUUCCCGAAGUGAAGAACAUCACUUCGCUGGUGAUCGAGGCCAGUCCGUGGCACUUCAACGACUUCGCCAUCCCGUAUCCAACUUACUUUCAUCCGACCCAGGACUCGGAUGUUGUGGACUGGCAAGUUAGAAUGCGGGGGAUGGAGCGGCCGGCUUUGUUUUCCUUCGCUGGAGCACCCAGGCAGCAGUUGAGAAAGUCGAUCCGUGAGCGGAUCAUGGACCAGUGCCGGGAGUCGCCGCAGUGCAAGCUCCUCGAGUGUGACUUCGGCGAGAGCAAGUGUCACGUUCCCAGUGCCGUGAUGAAGCUGUUCGAGGAGUCGGUCUUCUGCCUACAGCCGCAGGGAGAUUCGUUCACCCGGCGUUCCAUCUUCGACUCGAUGCUAGCCGGGUGCAUACCGGUCUUCUUCCACCCGGACUCGGCUUACUCACAGUUUGUGUGGCACCUCCCACGAAACCACCGCAAGUACUCGGUUUUCAUCUCCGAGAUCGACAUCCGAAGAGGAAACGUGAGCAUCGAGAGCGUGCUCCGACAGAUCCCCGCCGAUGAAGUCCUCAGGAUGAGAGAGGAGGUGAUCCAGCUGAUCCCGAGGCUGCUCUACGCGGAUCCACGGCAGCGUCUGGAAUCCAUGCAAGACGCCUUCGACGUUGCGGUGGAGGCUGUUAUUGACAAGAACGCAAACUUGCGAACGACUCUCUUGCAAGGCAAGGAUGACGACGAGCUGAGGAAGCUCCACAAGCCCGAAGGGGCGGAGACUGACGAGCUUGAUGGUUCGGAGGAAUCAAUCCGACGUUGGCAGUCUCAGGCGGGAAGAAAGAAGUAGAGAUUGGUGGCAGGCAAAGCCCCGCCGCUCCUACGUCGACGAUAUGUAGAUUUCGUAGAGAGAAUGUUUCGAUAUGGAUGUGGAAGGAGGCUUCAAGUGUUUUAAAAGUUCCAGAGUUUCAGGUGUGCAAUAAGAGAAAUGGAGCGCGGAUUCUUUUGAGAACUCGGCUUUAAAAGAGGCUUUUCUCUUUUCCUUUUCAGUGGGAGACACAGAAGCACCGACUUUGAAUACGGGAACCAACCCGGUUGAAUGCUGAUCCAUGGUUGCUGUCAUUCAAUCCAGAUUCCUCGGUCACCAUUCAUGGCGGCUUCUUCUUUUCCUUAAACGUGACACUGGCACUGCGCCGAACGAGUUAAGGCACUGUUCCUCGCCUGGAAUUGUGUGGCGACGUUUGCGACAGACAAUAUGCCUGCAUGUGGUGAAUAGUUUUUUCCUUGGAAGUGCAGUGCAGCGCAGCAGCAAAACGGGAAGUCCACCCUCGGAAACGACCGAGGAUGCACGAGGGCUUGUUGGUUUUGGAGCUGCAGUUGUGGCUGCUGAAUGGUGGUCUCAGUGAUGGCUACAUGGUGCCUCGUGUUGCUGCUGGAUUCUAGACUGAAAUCCACCGCAUGAAAGAGAAGAUAGCAUCAGUAAACUCUGAAGAACGCAAACAAAUCUGUGAUUGUAAAAGCUUAAGGUUUAGAUCUUAGAAAUUUUAUUCAAGAGGCCCGACACUUUGACAAGGUUGCAUCUCGAAAGGCCGUUCCUUAGCGAAGCCACUCUGGUUAGGCCGCUUUUCUUCUCGAGAUCCUCCUUGGAUUGUCUAACGGGCCGAAAGUGUUAUAGACACAUUAGCCUGAGAGCGCUUGUACCAAAAAUUCCGAGUCGUUUCACA